AUGGGAAAGAACAGCGCCAAAGGAAAAGGUAAAGGCAAGGCGAAAGACAGUUCAGAUGGUAAUGAGGGUGCAAAAGGGAAAGGAGGCGUAAAACCUGCAAAUUCGAUCAAUGUUCGACAUAUUCUCUGUGAAAAACACUCGAAGAAAGAGGAAGCGCUAGAGAAGCUGAGAAAUGGGGCAAAGUUUGAUGAGGUUGCAAGGGAAUUUUCUGAAGAUAAAGCUAGGCAAGGGGGAUCGCUUGGCUGGAAAAUACGAGGUAGCCUUGAUGCCUCAUUUGAAAAAGCAGCAUACGACCUCGAGCCCAGUACGACCGGGAAUCCAAAAUGGACGGAGGUGAAAACGGGAUUUGGAUACCAUAUCAUUAUGGUGGAAGGGAGGAAGUGA